UUGAAUAACAUUGGGAUACUUUUGCCAAAGCCUUCCUGACUAUCCAAUGCUAGUGCUAUAGAUAACCUAUACGACCCUAUAAAGACGUUAUUUUACUGUAAUAGACAGAAGUGCUAGUCAGAGGGGAAAAACCUAUACACUAUCCAGCUAUCCUUUUUUGCUAUUCUCGUUAGAUUCGUUAGCAGUAUUAAGUCUGAAAUAAAGAUAGUUUUCAUUAGAGCAAGAGAAGUUGGGCUGCUUGUGUAGCGUCACAUCGCAUACUAACGAAUAUAAAUUUUUCUGGAAGUACCAACAUUGUCUCCCUCAGGCUGUCAGACAUCGCUAACCAGAAGAUCCUAAGAGGCAACCACAAAUGCUCCACUGCUGAGGGGAGACAACAGACGCUAACUUCUGAAGAAACAUCAGACCUGUUAUGAAUGCCAAAACUUGAUGGAACAUAAAUUAAAGGAAGUGGAGUGUUGGAUGAUUUAUGAAAGCUGUAACGGGAGUUGCCAAUAAGAAUGGCUUUUCUUGACAAUCCCACCAUCAUACUGGCCCACAUCCGACAGUCCCAUGUGACUAGUGAUGACUCAGGAAUGUGUGAGAUGGUGCUGAUUGACCAAGAUGUUGACUUAGAAAAGUGUUAUUUAGGUGCCAUAUCUGCUGGUAGUGGAUUGAAAGGUUUGUUGGGAGAUUCCAUUGUUAGUGGAGAUGUGCAGCCUUGUGACCUCUCUCAGUCCAUGGACAUCACUUCCAGUUGGGACUUUGGCAUCCGUCGGCGCUCCAACACAGGAAAGGAAGAGCAUUUCAUGGGGCCAAAGCUUACUGCACAACGGCUGGAAAGGCUAAGAAAGGAACGACAGAACCAGAUCAAGUGUAAAAACAUUCCAUGGAAGGAGAGGACAUCGUCUCAGUCAGCAGAAGACUUGAGCUUCCUUUUUGAAAAGAAGGACUUUAAAGACAGGCCUCGAAGCACAGGGACCAAAUCCACCCUCUCUCUGCGCCUAGAGCAGUGUCCUCAACAGCUCAACAACCCCUUUAACGAGUACUCCAAAUUUGAUGGCAAGGGCCAUGUGGGUACAACCGCAACUAAAAAAAUAGACGUCUACCUCUCAAUGCAGUCUACCCAGGAGAAGUUGCAUCCUAUGAUGGUGGUGACAAUGGCCAAUGCGAGAGUCCAUGAUCUUAUUGGCCUUAUUUGCUGGCAAUACACCAGUGAGGGCCGUGAACCAAAACUAAAUGAAAAUGUCAGUGCAUACUGCCUCCACAUAGCUGAAGAUGAUGGGGAGGUGGAUACAGAUUUCCCGCCUCUAGAUUCCAAUGAGCCCAUCCACAAGUUUGGUUUCAGCACACUUGCUCUGGUGGAGAAGUACUCAUCUCCAGGACUAGGCCCCAAGCAGUCACUUUUUGUCAGAAUAAAUGCAGCUCAUGGUUUCUCGCUGAUUCCUGUGGACAGUUUAAAGGUAACCAUGAAAGAGAUUCUACAGAAAGCCCUCAAGAAAAGAAAAGGCUCACAAAAGGGUUCAGGCCCCAUGUAUCGUUUAGAAAAGCAGAUGGAGCCAAAUGUGGCAGUGGAGCUGGACAGUACACUAGAGAGCCAGAGCACACUGGAGUUCUGUCUAGUUCGAGAGAACAGCUCCAGAGGAGAAGAGAGCUCAGAAGAGGACCCACCUAUAGACAUCAAUACAGUUCAAGAUAUGUUGAGCAGUCACCACUACAAAUCCUUCAAGAUAAGCAUGAUCCACAAGCUCCGCUUUACUACUGAUGUUCAGCUAGGUAUAUCAGGGGAGAAGGUGGAGAUUGACCCUGUCACCAAUCAGAAAACAAGCACAAAGUUCUGGAUACGACAGAAGCCCAUCUCUAUUGACUCAGACCUGCUUUGUGCAUGUGACCUGGUAGAGGAGAAGAGUCCAAGCCAUGCAAUAUUUAAGCUCACAUAUCUUAGCAACCAUGACUACAAGGUCCUUUUCUUUGAAUGUGAUGCUGCUACAGUCAAUGAGAUCGUUCUAAAGGUGAACUACAUCCUUGAGUCUCGAGCCAGCACUUCAAGAGCUGACUAUUUUGCACAAAAGCAACGAAAACUCAGCCGACGAACCAGCUUUAGCUUUCAGAAAGACAAGAAAUCAAGCCAGUAGGACAAAAUAAAUAAUAAUAAUCUUUUUAAAUAGAACCCUUUAAUAAAACAGAAACAGGAUGAAUGCAAAUGUAUGUGGAAAUUAAGGUUCUACAAUUAAAGUUAACCACAUUCAAAAUCCAAGAAUUCAAGACAAGGCAUUUGUUCCUUGUGACUUUUAACAUUAAAACUGAAACAGGCUUAUUUUAAAUAAUGCAUUGGUCUGUUGAAAGCUCAAAUUUGAUUUACAUUUUGUAUUGCUUUUUUUCUGUGAGCUCUUUUCUAUUUCAUCCCUCUAAGCUACCAAGGGUGAUAAAAUUCACCUUGUGGAUUGUAUGCACACAUGCAGAGAGCUUCCUACAAGGUCACAGAUUAACAUGUCAGUAUAUACUUCUGUCAUACAGUUAUCAUUCCUUUAUUUUCUUCUCACCUCUUAUGCUUUGGACCAUGUGUACAUAAUAAGUACAGGAUAUGGCUUGGAUAUUUAGAUAGGAGAGAUAAGAGUGCAGGUCCCAUACACACAAGAGCUUCUAGUACAAAUAUCUUGUUCAAUAUCCAGUUAAGUUGUUUCUUUAAUAAGUGUCUGAAAACUGGGAACUGCAUGCCUUGAUAACUGUGGGGUGAUCUUGUAAUUAAUUGCUUGUUUUCCACCUAGUUUUAUGAAUUAAUCAAUUGACUGACUGACAUGCAUCAUUUCUUGAAAGUGGUAAUACAUAUUUUCCUUGCUGUGCUGUGUGCACUCCCUGUAGUACUAUUUAUAUCAGUUGACAGCAGUCCAAUCCACCUGUUUAUUUGCCUUUUAUCAGUAGAGGCUUCCUCACCAUAGUCUAUAGAUGGCCUUAGAUAUAGAUAUAUCUAUAGAUGGACUGCCAAACUUAGUUACAUGGGUCUUCUCUUCAUAGCCAUUAUAUUUGUUAUUUUCCUCAUAAGAAUGUAAGCAUUUAGGUAACUCUCACAUUUAGGUUUGCUUAAAAAGGAUGCUUGAUUUUGUGAAUUAAAGACAAACCAAAUACUGCACCAGACAUCACUGACUGACUGUCAUUUUGUCAUGUGACUACACAUCUUUUUUAUUUUGCAUAAUAUUUUACAAACCUGAAAUAUGUAAUGUAUAAUCUGAAUAUUACUUUCUUUGCUUAGCACUUUGCUUACUUUAAAAUAUGGCAACAUACUUGCACAUUGCAGCAUAACUUUUGUUGUUGGGUUUUUUGAAAUCUAAUUUUUCCAUUUUAAGUGCCAUUUUGAGUGGACUACUCAAGGCUUUCCCCAUUCAAUUGUUGCCUGUGAAGCUAUAAUUCUAAUCCCUUUUCCUUGGAGGAAGUGCAGCAUAAUUGCAUUUCUAAUGUAAAAUAUUUAACAAGAUAUAUAGCAUUAACAAUAUUUGCAAGAUUAUGCAGUUACUAUAAUUACAUUUUCCCAAUAAAGACUGGGAUAAACACCG